AUGGCUACAAUGGCUGCCGAAACAACCCUUCAAAACGGGCCAUCCCGCAUAGAGCGCCUGAGCGCCGAGGACUUUGAGACGGCCUCAAUACGCUCAGCCGCUCCGUCUUACAUCUCCGAAGCACCAUCCUACCACUCCACCCUCCCCACCAACGAAAGUGUACCGGAAUACACACCACGCGAGUCUCAAACCACUACAUCCGCGACCUCACCCCCGCGAUAUGCCACUUCCUCGUCAAUGCUCAACCUCUCCUCAACACCGACGCCUACGCCCAUGACGUCGACCUUCGCCCCGGGUGCCGGGCUCCCCCGUCUGCCCUCCCCGCGCCGCGACGUACCGCACCUCUCGCACUUCCAGAUCCCUUCCUGGUCCAGUAUGGCCAGCAACCCGCAGGCGCGCCACUACCAGCGAGUCGCGCACCGCCGGGUAUCUGCCGCGGCAAACGGCGGGCGCUGGGGCGGGGUUGAAAGCGCACUGCGCUCUGCGAUCGAGCGGAUUAAUGCGAAUGCGGCAGCGGCAGCUGCUGAUGCGGAAGAUGACCCGGACAAGGUGCGUCCGCUUGAGGACCCCUAUCUAGUUGGCGAGGAGGCAGCGGCGAGGGCGCGGCGGGAGAGGUUGGCGAGGCAAAAUGGGGAUGAGGUUUUGUAUCGUGAGGAGAGGCGAUGGGAUUGGUUCCUUGGCCAAACUAGGGACUGGGAUGAGCGGAACCGAAGCUGGGGCGCCUUUAGCACUACUAUCGACAGCCGCGGGAGACUCGCUCGUCGCUUUGGCCGAUAA